AUGGUGGCCCACUGCCUGAGAGGUUUUUAUCAGGACUCGGUGACCUUUGAUGAUGUGGCUGUGGACUUCACCCAAGAGAAGUGGGUUAUAAUGGAUAAAACUCAGAGAGACCUCUACAGAGAGGUGAUGCUGGAGAACUACCAGAACUUGUCCUCAGCAGGAAGGCACAGUGCUUGGGAACUCUGUGAUUAUAUGCAACAUAAAGAUAUCUUCAGAGAGCAUUCAUAUUUUAAAAGACAUAUGAAAACUGAAAAUUCAAAGAACACCUAUGACUCUAAUCAUAGAGAUCUGCCUAUUCAAAAGUAUACCAUAAGAGCCUAUGAGUGUAAGAUUUGUGGGAAAGUCUUUGGCUAUUCUUCAAAUCUUAACAGUCACAUGCGAACCCACACUGGGGAGAAGCCCUAUGAAUGUAAGGUUUGUGGGAAAAAAUCCUUUACUACUUCUUCAAGUCUAACUGAACAUUUCAGAAUUCAUACUGGAGAGAAACCCUAUAAGUGUAAAGAAUGUGGAAAAGCUUUUACUAAGCACUUAGGACUUUCUACACAUGUACAAACACAUGCUGGACAGAAACCCUAUCUAUGUAAGUUAUGUGGGAGAUCUUUCACUGUUUCUUCAAACAUGACUGAACAUUUAAGAAUCCAUACUGGAGAGAAACCUUAUCAAUGUAAGGAAUGUGGGAAAGCCUUCCAUGCAUCUUCCUACCUUCAUAAACAUAUAAAAACACAUACUGGAGAGAAACCCUAUAAAUGUGGUAAGUGUGGGAAAGCCUUCCACACUUCCUCCUACCUACGAAAACAUGUAAGAAUUCACAGUGCAGAGAAACCUUAUAAAUGUAGGGAAUGUGGAAAAUCCUACAAAAGAUGUUAUCUAUUGAAUGAACACUUAAAAACUCAUAUGGUGGAGAAACCCUUUGAUUGCAAGUACUGUGGGAAAGACUUCACUGUUUCUUCAAGUCUAACUGAACAUAUAAGAACACACACUGGAGAGAGGUCCUAUGAAUGUAAAGAAUGUGGAAAAGCCUUCACUACAUCCUCGUGUUUGAUUGUCCAUAAGAGGACUCACACUGGAGAGAAACCCUAUAAAUGUAAGGAAUGUGGGAAAGCCUACAAAAGGUGUUACCUGCUGACUGAACAUGUAAAAACUCACACUGGGGAAAAGUCCUUUGAAUGUAAAGUAUAUGGAAAACUCUUUGGAAAUUCCUCUUGCCUUAAUAAGCACAUUCAAAUUCACACUGAUAAAUGUAAGUAUUGUGGAAAAGAUUUCACUGUUUCUUCUAGCCUAGCUGAACAUGUAAGGACUCAUACAGGUGAGAAGCCCUACAAAUGUAAGGAAUGUGGGAAAGCCUUCACAACAUCCUCAAACCUCUAUCACCAUGUAGGAAUUCAUGAUAGAGAGGUUUCCUCUAAGUAUCAAGAAUGUGGAAAAAACUACAAUAAGUUUUAUCGACUAACUGAACAUUUAAUAAAUGUCUGA